AUCACGUGACCAGGUUCAUUUACUGUUUGGAUGGAUCCGCGACUCCGCUAGAAAAAACUUGGUAGACUGGCUCGCGCACUAAUCAUUUAGAACCUUCUUUAUUUUGGCAACAUUGAUUCCACUUCCACAUCAAAGGGAAAGAUAAAAAAAAAAAACCCGCAUAACUUUUACCAUGUCUUCAGAAGGAACACCAGAUGGCCAGAUUGGAGAAGCCCUCCUGAUCAGGGUGGUUCAGGAUCAGUUCUUAAAUGUUCCUGUUGGAGGGAAGGUUUGUACUCCAUCCCUCCCAGAGGUUCAGCCUUUGGACAAUCCACAGCAUCAGAUGCUCUUGGAUCAGGUGGCUCAGUCGGUUAAAGUGAUCGGUGACCAACUUAAUCGAGAUCAAAGCUUUAACAAUCACAUUGAUGGAUUAGCAUGCCUAUGUGAUAAGAACAUCUUUUCGAGGCUUGUGGAGGGUGUCUUCAACGAUGGACAGAUCAACUGGGGACGAAUCAUUGUGCUGUACUACGCUGUAGGAAGGCUGGCUGUAAAGAUGGUACUGGCUAACUUGCCCAGGGUGUUCUCAGAACUACUGGAUUCCUGUUUGGAUUUCUUCAGGACCAAGCUAUUGGUAUGGAUUCGCAACAUGGGCGGAUGGAUCAGCAGCAUUUCAGAGAUGACCCGCUUCUCCAUCGAGCAUAUCUCUGCCUCCUCCUUCAACAUCUUCCCAUCUGCUGAACUUGCAGUGGCCUUCAUCUGUGGGAUUUUAUUGGGUAGCGUCAUCGUCUGGAAACUGAACAGAAGCUGAGAUGAAACUGUAGAACAAACAAGAUGCACUGUGAAAAAAUUAUGUUUUUUAAUGUAUUUAUAAACAUAUGAUAGUUCCAGAGUUUUCUACAGUUUAGUCCUUUUAUAUAUGAGUAUUAAGUCUAUUAAAAGUUUUGUUGUGUAGUCUAAAAUAUUUGCGAUCGAAAUUAAAGUGUCCAUCGUACAUUUAGGGAGAAGUUGGUGGUUUUUGGAGCCCUCUGCUGUCUGAGAUGCAGAUAAACUGCACAACAACUUUGACGGGCAUUUGCCUUUACCCCACCAGACCGGUUCUUAAUCGGGUUUCUUGAGUGACUAAGUCACACCUGAGUCAACUAAUCAGUUCAUUAUCACUUUUAUUUAGUUUAUCAACACUUUCUGGCUUGAACUGGGUGUGUUAGAUAGCAAUUCUGGACCAGUUCCUAGAGGUGGGGUCAGGCUGGAGCAGUCAUUUUCAGAGAGUGGCCAUUUUGAUGUUUUUUUCCGUUCUCCAUUAAUGAUCUGUACUCACUGUAUUGCACAAUGAUGUACAAAUGCAACAUGGUGGAUAUAAUUACAAGGCUGAGUUAGAAUUACACAAGAGUAGCAUGCUGCUCAUGCAGUUUUUUUUUUACCCUUUAGAGUGAACCAGGCCUUGUUCCACUUCUGUACAAGUGAACUCAGUCAUUGUCUAUAGUGAAUUAUCCUGUAUACAGUGUUGCGGGGGUGGGGUGGGGGGCUUGUGGGGGUUGUGAGCUACAGGUAAUUUGGGAAUGCCAGUUAGCCUAAUAUGCAUGUCUUUGGAAAGUGGCGGGAGAACCGGAGUACCCGGAGAAAACCCACCAAGCACGUGGAGAAUAUGCAAACUCCACACACACACUGAAUUUGUUCGUACUGUAGGUGCAAGGUGACAAAGCCACCAUUGGAUCAAAAAUUCCAU